AUGUCGCAAUUCAUGAUGAUGGGUGGUUCUGGGCAAGGACCUCCACAUCAACAACAACAACAACAGGUACCCACAAUGCCGUGGAAAGACCCUCGAGCGUGGACGGUGAGGGAUUAUGAAAAAUUGAGUGAGGUCUUGGAGGAGUGGGCGAGUCGGGAGAAUGGGAAGUUGAAUCUUUUGAAUAAUAAUCAGAAUAGUAAUUAUUCGGGGGGAAGAGGUGGUGCUGGUGGGGGGUUUCCGAAUUGGCCGGGGAUGCAGGGGCCGCAGCAAGGUGGUGGUGGUGGUGGAGGGGGGUGUUGGGAUGGAGGAGGAGGAGGAGGAGGAGGAGAAUAUGGUGGACGACAUAGUGGUAGUGGUAGUGGUAGCAGUGGACGCAGAAGUCGAAGAUACGUCCCCUGGGAACAAUUCGAAGAUCUCAAAUCCAAUUUCCACCACAUGGCCGAACAGUACCAACGCCACAUCUCCGAACAAGACACAUUCCUCUUCGGCUCCGACACGGAUCGGAGAAAAGAACAAUAUCGCCAGAAUAUGUUGAAUCAGCUCAAAGAGAUGAUGCCGCAACUCGUGCAAAUGAUGAUGAUGACGAAUACUGGACAGCCAACAACUACAAUAAAUGGUAUGUCGAUGCCGCUGCCGGGAAUGUCGAUGCAAAUGCCGUUGGCGGGAGGAGGACAGGGGAAUCCGUCUAUGAUGCAGAUGAAUUCUAUGCAGCAAGCCGCUGCUGCUGCUGCUGCUAUGAAUAAUAAUAGUAAUAAUACUGGUAUGGCAGGCAUGAUGAUGAAUAAUCCCAUGGCCGCUGCAGCUGCUGCUGCAAUGCAAGGUAUGAAUGGUGGAGGGGGUAGUAUACCUCAACAGAUGAAUCCCAUGAUGAUGAUGAAUGGAGUAGGAGGAGGAGGAGGCAUGUCCAUGCCCAUGAUGAAUACUGGUGGUGGUGGUGGUAUGAUGGAUCAACCCCCACCACCAACAAUGAACAACAACAACAUGGGAAGACGUGCACGACGACGGAAUGGCUUUGCGCUCGAUGAUGGAUUCGAUGAAGAUUAUGAAGAUUUUCGGCCGAGGAGAGGUGGGUUUAAGAGACAAGGGAGAAAUGGUGGUGUUGGUGGUAUUGGGGGUGGAGCAGGGAAUUGGAGAGAUGAUGAUGAUAUGCUCGGCGGAUUUGCUGGCGGUAUGCAUGAUCCUAGAGGACCUACAGGAGGAGGAGGAGGAGGAGGAGGACCUUCUCGAUAUCCGCGAUUCCGUCCAGGCGGUGGUGGUGGUGGUGGCUUAGAUGACAGCAGCGGUGGCAGAGGAGGCAUGGUCUUCGAAGAUCCCUAUCGCUUUCGCCCUACCAUGUCUUCUUCUUCUGGCUAUGGCCCCGGUGCUUCUGCUGCUGCUACUGGACAUGCUACCACUCAUCCGUCAGAUUUUCUUCCGACGAGUUAUGGCCCUGGCGCUACUGGUACUACUACUACUACUCCUCACCAGGCACACAUCUCGCCUCCGCUCCGACGACCCAAUUACGAUGCCAACGACUUUGCCGCGUCAGCUGAGCCCCGCCAGCAGAAUAUGAUGUAUUCUGUCCCUCAAAGAGGCGGAGGAGGCGUCGACGUCGGUAGCUAUGAAACUACGCAGGAGCCGAGCCUGUAUCGCAGCAGCAAUGGCGGUAAUGGGAUGUACCACGCCAUGAAUGAAAGUGGCCCAUUCACUUCCGCAGCCACAGGGGCAGCAGCAGCAGGGGCAGCAGGGGCAGCAGGGCCAUCAUCAAAUUUGAAAUCUGCCAUGAAGCGCAAUGUGGGCUUCGAAGACGCGACCACGGGGGGUCCAUCGAUGGAGACGGAGCAUCUUUCGCGUCCGCGAGGGGAGGAGACUGCGAGGGGCGAGACGAGCGCUGGAGCUCUGCCGGAUAAACGUGAUGGGUUGGGGACGUUGUAG